ACAACGGUGGAAGCUGGGAAUUGAACCCACAACCUUGCCUACUGCAUGCUAGCCCAAUGUAGGGCUUUAACAAGGCACCCAAACUGAACCAACUUCACUAACCACCACCAAUGUGUAGCACCAACCCGGGAAAUGCAUGGCAGCCAUUAUGCGCCAGAAUUCUCCCCACACGCCAGCUUGAGGUGGGGAGUAAGGGUAGAAUUCUCAGAAGGAGCUGUUUAGUUGAAGAACUUGGAAAUCACCAAGUUCCCUCUUAUAUUGCAUCCAUUCUCUCUUGACUCAUUUGUUUAGGUUCCAGAAAGCAGAAUGUAGCAGACUGGAAGGUUCCCAUAAUUGUUUGCCUUUAUAAGAAAUCGAGAGUGUGAGUGUGUGAGUGUUUUCUUUCAGUGAAAUGCUAUCAUGUCCUUUCCUCCCUCUCUUUCUCUUUAUCUAUCUAUCUAUCUAUCAGAUUCUGACCGAAUGGAUACAGAUGCCGAGCAGUCUGAAAGGACUGAGGACAAGUUUGAGGGCGAGCCCCCCUCCGCAGAGUCAACAGACGGCAAGCGAGUGAAGAGCGAGACCACAGAACAGGAAGUGAACGAGGGGGAGAGAGGUGACGAGUGCCCAUCAGAGGAGGGCCUGGAGGCGGGGUCUAUGCUGGUGGAAAGGGAGGACACUAUGGAGAGGGCGGAGCUUGAGCUGGUGGAGGCAAAUAUCGCCACGGCAGCAGCUGCUGCUCUCGCCUCUGCUGCCACUAAAGCCAAGCACCUGGCGGCGGUGGAGGAGCGCAAGAUCAAGUCUCUGGUGGCCCUGCUGGUGGAGACGCAGAUGAAGAAGCUGGAGAUCAAGCUGAGACACUUCGAGGAGCUGGAGACCAUCAUGGACCGCGAGAAGGAGGCUCUGGAGCAGCAGAGGCAGCAGUUGUUGACUGAGAGGCAGAAUUUCCACCAGGAGCAGGUGAAGUAUGCAGAGUUGAAGGCCAGACAACAGCUAGAACAGCCGGCACCCACACACACACCAGGUUUCAACCUACAGCACGGGGGAGCAGGUCAGAUGAUGGGACCUCGACAGCCAGGAGCCCCAAAUGGCAUGUACCCCACACCACCCAACGCACAGCCUGAUGGGAUAGUGCCCGUUUCUGCUGGUCCUCCAGGAGUACCACACAUCCCAGGACGACCUGUGACAGACAGCUGAGAUCACACCCCUUUAUACACAACCCAUCACAUGAUUCAGCGAACACAUCAUCUAACGAACCAGCCAAUUACAGACAUGUGUUACAGUGUCCUCUAGUUAGACCUCCUGAAGUUCGUCUACAAAAAGGAAAUCUAGGUACCUUUUUUGCCCAUAUAUGGAGAUCCGGGAACCAUCUUUGCCCAUAUAGGAAGAUCCGGAUCUCCUUAUAUAGGCAAAGAUGGCAGCCUUGGGUCCCUUUUGUAGGUGAACUUCAGAGGUCUAUAAACAACCAGUCACAAAUGGCUGAGAACACACACACACGCACACUCCAACAUCCAUACACUGUCACAGAGAUGUGUGUAUUGAGCUGAAGGCCUCAUCUGGCGCUGUGGAUGCAGACGUGUGGAUGAUCAUGAUUUCCCAGCAUCGUGUGUGUGUCCCUUAUGUAUAUUAACCUGGCUGAAACACUGCAGGUUCUCCGUGUCCACUCUGUUGUAUUUGUAUUUGUAAUAUUCCAGUGGUCAAUGCUGUUGCUUUUGUUGUUGUUUUGUUUUGUUUUUAAGACACAUGCCUUGUGAUUUUUGUACCUGCUUUUACUUCAGUGUCACUGAUGUUUACGCUUGUUGAGUUUUGAUAAGGCUGUAUGUAAUCAGUCCAAGUCUAACAGGCUAAGUCACUUGUCAAAUACAUUUGUUUUGUAUAAAAUUA